AUAAUAAGAAAGAGCUGCCGCGAAACACAAGAUUACUCCGCAUUAUUUUCAAAACAACUCUACAUAUUUGAGGAUGAGGGCGCAGAUCCAAAAGGUUCCUCAGAUCGUUGAGCUGCUGAAAAAGAAGUCCGUGGGGCUGCAGCACUUCAAACCCACAUCCUCAGUGUGCGUCCUGGAGGAGAAGGAUGCUGUGGAAGCUGCGUGCUGCCCGCACGCUGCCUCCAGAGCGCACAGCCUGGACGCGAUCCCAGGACCCACUAACUGGCCCCUGGUGGGCAGUCUGGUUGAACUUCUGAGGAAAGGAGGUCUGACGAGACAACACGAGGCUCUGGUUGAUUAUCAUAAGAAAUUCGGUAAGAUUUUCCGUUUGAAGCUGGGCUCCUUUGAGUCGGUGCACAUUGGCGCACCUUGCUUGCUGGAGGCGCUCUACAGGAAAGAGGGGAACUACCCUCAGAGGCUGGAGAUCAAACCCUGGACAGCAUACAGAGACAUGAGGGACGAGGCGUACGGACUCCUUAUUCUGGAGGGGGAAGACUGGCAGAGAGUGAGGAGCGCUUUUCAGCAGAAGCUCAUGAAGCCCACAGAGGUCGUGAAGCUCGAUCGCAAGAUAAAUCAGGUGUUGCUAGACUUCGUUGGCAGAAUUGGACAAACGAACGUGGGUGGAAAGAUUGAGGACCUGUACUUCGAACUGAAUAAAUGGUCGUUUGAGACUAUUUGCCUUGUCCUCUACGACAAAAGAUUCGGUCUGCUGCAGGAGAAAGUCAAUGAGGAAGCCAUGAACUUCAUCACAGCCGUGAAAACAAUGAUGAGCACCUUCGGCAUGAUGAUGGUCACACCGGUAGAGCUACACAAGAGCCUCAAAACCAAAACGUGGCAGGACCACACCGAAGCCUGGGACCGCAUUUUCAGCACAGCCAAAGUCUACAUUGACAAGAAGAUGAAGAGAAAUGCCAUCAGAGCUCCUGAUGACUUGAUCGGUGACAUCUUACACAACAGCUGCCUCUCGAAGAAGGAGCUGUAUGCAGCCAUCACAGAGCUACAGAUUGGAGGAGUUGAGACGACUGCCAACAGUAUGCUGUGGGCUAUUUUCAACCUGUCACGUAACCCCGGUGCCCAGAGGAAGUUGCUGGAGGAGAUUAGAGAGGUGGUCCCUCAAGACCAGGACCCAUGUGGGGAGCACAUCAAGAGCAUGCCCUACCUCAAAGCCUGCCUCAAGGAGUCUAUGAGGUUAUCACCAUCAGUCCCAUUCACCAGCAGGACCCUGGACAAAGACACUGUGUUGGGAGAUUAUGCCAUUCCCAAAGGAACAGUUCUGAUGAUAAACAGCCAUGCACUGGGCUCAAACGAGGAGUACUUUGAUGAAGGAAAGCAGUUCAAACCUGAGCGUUGGCUGCGGGAGAACUUCACCAUCAACCCCUUUGCCCACGUUCCCUUCGGCAUCGGAAAGAGGAUGUGCAUCGGCCGGCGGCUGGCAGAGCUGCAGCUGCAGUUGGCCAUGUGCUGGUUGGUCAGAGACUAUGAGAUCGUGGCGACAGAUAAUGAGCCCCUCGACGUGAUCCAUUCAGGACUUUUGGUUCCCAACAGAGAGCUGCCUGUUGCCUUCAUCAAGAGAUGAGGAUCCAUAUUCACUUCUUCUUCUAGUGACAGAAAAAUGAUACCUCUGUUGCCAUGGCGCUGACGAUCCAGUGACUCCUAGUAUUGCUGCUCUGUAAAUAGAAAAAAAACAAACACAGAAAUUAUUAUACAUGUAAUGUAUAUACAAUUCAUGCCAUGAAUACCUCAAACUUAUUUAAAAAACUAUUAUGACUGUUAUGACUGACCAUAAUACCAGUUGUUAUGUAUAAAUUUGAAUGGUGGACCAAGGCAGCUGUCCUCUAACCUUAAUGCAAUUUCUUUACCUCAGAUGUGUUUGUAAAG